AAAAAAAAAAAAAAGAAAAGAAAAAAAAUUUCAGGACUUUGCUAUUUCUCUGAUAGAUACUCUCCCAUCUUGCUUUAGACUGGAACGCAAUAAUGGACUAGCUAAAACAUGACGCUCUCUACCCUCAGUCCAUGCAAAUGCAGCCCCCAAAUCCACCCUUCAGUGAUUUCCCUCAACAGCAAUUGCCGCCUGACCCUUGCGUAGCGCCUCCCACUCGCUCUCAACCCAGGUCAAAUCAAAGGCCUGAAUCUGAGGUUAAGGAUGCAAGGAAAGUUCUGAAGGCUGACCGUGAGAAGUUGAGGAGGGAUCGACUAAAUGAGCAAUUUAUUGAGUUGGGAAAUGCGUUAGAUCCAGAUAGACCCAAAAAUGACAAAGCAACCAUUCUGGCUGAUACAAUUCAACUGUUAAAGGAUUUGACAUCUCAAGUCAACAAACUCAAGGCGGAGUACACUACAUUGACUGAAGAAUCUCGUGAGUUGACACAAGAGAAAAAUGACCUCAGAGAAGAGAAGGCGUCUCUCAAAUCUGACAUUGAGAAUCUUAAUAUUCAGUAUCAGCAAAGACUCAGGUCUACAUACCCAUGGGUUGCUAUGGAUCACUCGGUUGUUAUGGCCCCAACUUCUUAUCCCUACCCUAUGCCAGUAACAAUACCUCCAGGGCCAAUUCCAUUGCAUCCGUCCAUGCAACCAUACCCUUUCUUCGGAAAUCAGAAUCCUGCAGUUAUCCACAAUCCAUGUUCAACUUUUGUUCCAUAUGUGACCCCUAACACCUUGGUUGAUCAGCAGUCUACCCAACGUGCAUCUUCAUUUGCACAGCCUGCCAGUGGAUCCCAUGUUUCAGGAAAACAAGAUUCCAAGAUUAAAUUGUCGGGGGAGAGCAAGGUUGGAAAAAGUUUGGACUCAAAUGACGUUACAACAGAGUUGGAGUUGAAGACUCCAGGAUCUAUGACAGAUCAGGAUUUAUCCUCGGGACACAAAAAGUCCAAAAAAUCUCCAGGGAAGGAAAAUAGUGUUACAGAAGGGAGUUGUUCAAGUAGGUGUUCUUCAGCUCGCAGUGUCCAGGAUAGCUCAUCCACUAGCAUAGUUGGUAGCACAAAGGCAGAUGACUUAGGCCAGUGAAAGAUGGAUAAAUGGCAAUCCAGGUUAUUUCAAAGUUUUCCUUAUUACUUUUGUUUCUUUCCUGGAAUCGUCCAGUCGGUUGAGUAUUGGAUUUGUCUUCAAUUGAAUCAUUGUUAUUUGAGUAGCCUGGAUGCCUCUGCUAAAAUAAGCUAACCUUGUUUAAUUUUUCUGGGCAUUUAUAUGCAUGAAAAUGGUAGAUAGGAUCUCCAUUAAUGUUUGCUUAUGUGGACCAGAACUACAGUUGCUAAUUUAUACAAGAGCUUGUGUUAAGUACUGUUGACAUGCAAGACUCGACAACGGAAUUUUUAGGGAUUGAAGCAGAAAAGAGAGAGGCAGAGAUAGAAAGAAGAAUUCGAAGAGAGAGAAAUAUUAUUGUAUUACGAAUGAUGAUACUUACUACAGCUCAUUAUAACAUUGAUGUGCUUAAGCCAACUGAGCACAACUAACCAAUCAAUUACAAGUAAUCUGCCGAAUCAGCUAUCUACUAACAAUUAUGAAAUUCAAUCAAAUUUCAUUUUCAUAGAAAAAGUCUCAUAUAAUUUACAAUAAGUUUUUUAUUUAUUUCAAGCAAGUUCUAACAGCUUGUUGAUGAGGCUGGCAAGCCUGGCAUUAGAUUUGCCUACAAUAAGCUAUAUGUGAACAUUAGAGCAUUGGAAUAUAUAACAUUUAGUGAACACUAACCUUGAUGUUUGAUGAAUAUGUACUAUCUUGUACUAAAAAUAGUCCUGUUAGAUGAGACCUACCAGUAGGGAUAAAACUCCUUGACAUUGGAGGUGAACUAAAGAGAGGUUGGAUAUCAAAUGUACAUGGGUAAAUUUCUCUUUCAA